AUGAAUAAACUACUAUCAUCUCUAAUUAACUUUCGCGUAAAUGAAGAGUUAAAAAACAGCUAUAAUAUUAGUGAUAGAUUAUUAUAUAUAGUUUGGAAUAAUAUAUUUUUAAGAAAUGAAAUUCAUAAACAUAUUUUAAAGUUUAUUAAACAUAGUGUUCAACUUCUUGAUAUAUCAGGUUAUAGCAAGUUUAAAAAUAAAUCAUAUAUAACAACACUUAACUGGCGUAGUGAUCCACUACCAGAUAAAGAUGAAUAUCCACCAUUUUUGACAAUUUUAUAUUUGCACGGUUCUUCUAAAAUGCUAACUCUAACAACUUUACCAAACACAAUUACUACACUCGCAUUCGGUACUAGUUUUAACCAAGUAAUUCCACCCGGUACAUUACCAAAUAGUCUCACAACACUCACAUUCGGUCAUUAUUUUAACCAAGUAGUUCUACCCAACACAUUACCAAAUAGUCUCACAACACUCAAAUUCGGUACUAAUUUUAACCAAGUAAUUCUACCCGGCACAUUACCAAAUAGACUCACAACAUUCACAUUCGAUUUUAAAUUUAACCAAGUAGUUUCACCCGGCACAUUACCAAAUAGUCUCACAACACUCACAUUCGGUCAUGAUUUUAACCAAGUAAUUCUACCCGGCACAUUACCAAAUAGUCUCACAACACUCACAUUCGGUUUUAAAUUUAACCAAGUAGUUUCACCCGGCACAUUACCAAAUAGUCUCACAACACUCACAUUCGGUUUUAAAUUUAACCAAGUAGUUUCACCCGGCACAUUACCAAAUAGUCUCACAACACUCACAUUCGGUCAUGAUUUUAACCAAGUAGUUCUACCCGACACAUUACCAAAUAGUCUCACAACACUCACAUUCGGUUUUAAAUUUAACCAAGUAGUUUCACCCGGCACAUUACCAAAUAGUCUCACAACACUCAAAUUCGGUACUAAUUUUAACCAAGUAAUUCUACCCGGCACAUUACCAAAUAGACUCACAACACUCACGUUCAGUUAUAAAUUUAACCAAGUAAAUAUACCCGGCACAUUACCAAAUAGUCUCACAAAACUCACUUUUACCAUUUGA